AUGUCCAGGAUCAACAUACCUCUGGCCAGAGAUCUGCUGCAUCCAUCCUUGGAAGAGGAAAAGAAAAAACAUGAAAAGAAACGGCUAGUUCAAAGCCCAAAUUUCUAUUUUUUGGAUGUAAAAUGUCCAGUUUGCUACAAGAUUACCACGGUUUUCAGCCAUGCUCAGACGGUGGUUUUUUGUGUAGACACAACCGUGUUGUGCCAGCUAACGGGAGGAAAGGCCAGACUUACAGAAGGCUGUUCAUUUAGAAGAAAGCAACACUAAUGAUCUGCACAACCUCUUGAAUUUGUGUUACAUCGCAGAAAGCG